AUGCCAUCCAUCGCAUCGAUUACCGCGGCAACUUUGCUGCUCGUCGGCUCUUGCCAAGCUCACUUCCUCCUGCUGUCGCCUUCUCCCGCUGGCACCUUUGAUGAGGAUUCUGAGAGCAGUGCCCCAUGCGGUGGCGUUACGCCCAGCUUUUCAUCAGACAACAUCACAGACUUUGCGGUUGGUGGUGAUGCGAUCGCUACACAGCUCGGCCACCCGCAAGCCAACUUUCUGUACAGAUUCACCACCGAGGAGUCAGCAGAUGGCAACUGGACGCAGGCCUACCCAAUUGUACAGCAAAGUGGCCUCAAGUUCUUUUGCAUUCCAGAUGUAACCGUGGACGAGAGCUAUGUCGGGCAAACAGCUGUACUGAGCGUAGUCGCUGACGCCCCGGACGGUCUUCUCUACCAGUGUGCCGUUGUCAAGUUCGUAUCUGGCGUCAACUCCAAUCUGCCGAGCUCGUGCACCAACACCAGCGGUGUUACCGGGUCUUUUAUGACAGAUGACAAACUCACUGCUCUGGUUGAUACAACCACUAGCAGCAAUAGUUCCGAUACGGCUACAGGAACUUCCAGUAGCACACCUUCGAGCACAAGCAACGCUGCUCCGAGUCAGUUUGGUGGAUCGAUUGAUGGACUCGUCAGUCUUGUCACACUCGGCGUAAUGGCAGCUAUUGGUGCGGGCUUGAUAAUGUAG